UCGAUGGAGAAAGAAACUAAUCAUAGCAGUUAACAACACGAGGAAAAAAAGUGGUCAAGGGUUCUGGAUUCUAUCGAAAAUUUAUAAAAUUUAACUGUUUAAAUCUAAUUGUUCAGUUAAAUAAGAUUCUAUUAAAAUAAUGUUUCUCAGAAAGGUUAUGUCUAGCACUACCAGACAAAUCAGGCAAAUUCAACAAAUUAAAAGGAUAAGUGGGACGAGAUUGUUUUCAGAAAUGGCUGAAACUGCACCUGAAAUCGAACAGGAAUCUCAGAAAAUAGAAAAAAGCAUGAAUCAAGUAACAUUGCUUGGAAGAGUUGGAGGUGAACCACAAAAAAGGGGCAAUGAUAAUCAUCCAGUUGUUACAUUUUCAGUAGCUACACAUACAAAUUACAAAUAUGAUGAUGGUAAUGUAGUGCAAAGAACAGAUUGGCACAAAAUUGUCGUUUUUCGUCCCGCGUUACGGGAAUCUGUUUAUCGUUUUAUGAGAAAAGGACAAAGAGUUCUAGUUCAAGGAAAGCUCUAUUAUGGAGAAAUUAAAGACGAAAAUGGUAAAAUACGACCGACAACUUCAAUUAUUGCCGAAGAUGUCGUUAUGUUCCAGAGAAAAGACGAAGAUGUAGAUUAGAAUAUUUUAUUCACAACAAUAUUUGUACAAUAUUUAAGAAUUUUUUUUAUCAACUUUUUUAAAGAAUAAAACAUAUUGAAAGGUAAAAUUAUUUUGGGUACCAAAUAAAACAUGUCCUUUUUUACAAACAAAAAAUAUAUACAGUAGACUGUAAAAAUUAAGGAAAAUAAAAAAAGUAUUGUAAAUGAAA